GUGUCAGAAAAAGUGUCAUGGCAGCUUAAGGAAUGAUUUGAAAAAAAACAAGCAGGAUUACCGGUAAUGACGGGUGAAUCCUGGACGGGGUGAAACUUGCUGUGUCCAUGGGGAGGAAUAAGUGGUGCUGGAACAUUACUGCCGCGCGGGGGACCUCUCCACUGGACCCCCCGCUUCUUCGGGGCAGCGCGAACGGCUUCGGAGGAGACUUCAGGCCCACAGUCGAGUCUUUCCUGCUCCCAAGCCACGAGCUCCAACCACAACCCUAAGUCGAAGGGUUCCUCCCGUGGUUUCGACGCGGAAAAACAACUUGAUGCUCGGAUCCUACUGUGAAGACUCUUCUUCGGCAUGGUAAUGCCGGUGUAGUUUUCCCGUGGAUGCGUCGAAGCAGAACACAGCAAAGACCAGUGGGUCCUUCUGGUAAGCAGCCCAUUCCAGCCACGCCACAGCAUGUUGUAGGCGGUGGCGAUCAGACCGACAGAAAGCAAGAACGGAGAGGUGACGUGAAAAAAAGGGGGUCACAGAAAAAAAGUCAACAUGACACCAGUAGACCAGCUGGACCCGCAAUGAGCUCCAUCCAGCUGCAAGACACCACACCGACACACACCAACCGGCAGAGCUGUGAUUUGGACAUGAACGGGAAAGAGAACGCUGCCGCCAAGAAGAUCAGCCACUCUAAAAGUAACACCAUGGUUUCGGAGCUGCAUCAGGAAGUCCACCCAUGUGGCCGAACAUCCCGCAAUCCCAGGAAGGCGGCGACAUUCGGGAAGCGCUCCAACUCCAUGCGCAGGAAUCCCAAAGCACAGGUGACCCGAGCAGGAUGGCUGUACAAGCAGGCCAGUAGCGGAGUGAAGCAGUGGAACAAGAGGUGGUUUGUCCUCUCUGACAGAUGCCUCUUUUACUACAAAGAUGAGAAGGAGGACGCCGUGCUAGGGAGUUUGCCUCUGCUCAGUUUCCGGAUCGGAGGAGCGCAGCCUUCGGACAACAUCACCCGCAAGUUUACCUUCAAGGUUUGGUUGGAGGAGGAGGAGGAGGAGCAGGAGGAGGACGAGGAGGAGGAGCUAAAAAGUCCGGCUGUGUUUUGCAUGCAGGCGGAGCACGCCGGGACCAGAACCUACUUCUUCAGCACGGACAGCCAUGAAGAGCAGACGGAGUGGAUCAAAGCCAUGAGCGAAGCGGCGGAGGUCAACGUUACUCCGACACAAAGAAUAAAUUCAAAUACGACAGAUGAUCAUAACCAGACCAUGGUGACAAGAGACCCUAACCCAAAAACGGAACUGAAAAGUCAAAGGCAUUCACCAAACACAAGUUGCACUCGGGUGGACAAUUUGGAAACUCCACCACCGUCGACCCCUUGCUCGGAUCACGACACUGUGAAACCGAACAUGAGACCAAAAGAAGUCGGGGGCAAAACUGAAGAUGAAGGCGGAGGACCCGGCUCCAAUCGUGCUGUUCAACCAACCCACCAUCCAAAUGGUUGGAACAACCACUGUCCUCCCGGCGCUAUUCCCCAAAAUUACAACGGCAAGCCCACUCAUCCCCAGACUCCCAAUAGUAGCGGUGCACCUCCAAGACAACCAGAGGCCGGUGUCAGACCACCGCAGGACACAAGGGAGCAGCAGCAGAAUGUCGUGCUCAGGAGGGGGGUUCUGCCCAGGACUGCCCCAGAGAAAGUGGCCCAAAGGAAGAGCUCCAUGGCCCAGCUGCAGCAAUGGGUCAAUCAGCGGCGAGUCCCGACGUCCCAGGAGGACCUCCACAGUCCAUCCCGCUACUACCCAGUGAGUCAAGGUGUCGACUACUACGGCUACCCAAGUGGCCCCCAGUACGUGGAAGAGUACCCACUGUACCCGCCAGGAGUACGGCCUGAUAGCAUUUGCACCGUCUCUGCCGUGGGCGGGUACGACCACCGCUGGGCAGUCGAGGACAAGCGACGCUCGCUGAGGGAUGGGCCUCACCAGUUUUACGACCCGCCGAACCCGAGGGACUCUUGGGGACCGCAGUACUACAGCGGUGUGGAAAAGACCUUGAGACGCCUUUCUAUCCAGCCACGUUCCAGGUCCGUGCCCCGGUCGCCGUCGUUGUCCUCCAGCGGGGCUUACUCGCCGGUGUCGCACAACUUUGCCUCGCCGGCUCGAUCGCCGUCCGCCCGCUUCGAUUGGUUUUCGGGAAGGAUGAGGGACGACAUGGUCUACGCCGAUCCGUCGGUCUAUAACCUACGGAGAUCCCUCAGCUCGCCAAAGUAUGACUACCCGGGUGAUAGGAGGUCCAUAGGUCCCGGAUUAUACCACUACAACUAUCCUGUAUCCCCUUCCAUCCACAGUAAAAUGGAUGACAUGUUAGACCACCAGCUCCAGCGCAACCUGGAUUAUUUAGACCAGCAGGUGCUGGAGGGAAUUGGUAUGGUUACACGAAGGGUGGAGAGGUCCUCCUCGACAGCAAAGCUGUGUAUACAAGUGCCCCCUUUCCAUGAUGUCUACAGACAGUUACACCCUACACUGAAGCUCAAUGAGAUCGAAACGAGCAAACUCUUGGGCCGGCUGUGUGAACAGAACAGAAUUGUGAAAGAUCACGAAGCCGUGGUCCACAGACUGAGAAUGGACAAGGACAGCCUUGAGGAGGCGCUAGUGAAAACUCACCAGGAGAUGGAGAAGUACCAUACCCAGCCUGUGGCCAUGGAAAAACUACAGAUGAAAAAGGAAACCCUACAAAACCAGCUCAUCAACAUCAGAGGGGAGCUUUCGCAGGCCUCCAGUACUUUAACUACCACUCGUAUGGAAUUCGAAGCCCUGGAGGAUGAGGCCCACGCCAUUCACGGAGAUCUGUGGGAACAACUCAAUGCAGGGGUGCAGAGCGAAUUGGUCCGAAGGCACAUACAGAAAGAGUUUUGGAGAGUCCAGGACGUAUUAGAAGGCCUGCAUAAGAAUCACUCAUCCAGAGGCACUGACACAGCCAAGCACAGCAGAGUGGCCAGUGGUGCUAUGGGCUCCUUUAGCACCAAUAGUCCAGCCAGUCCCCUCAGCUCAGUAAGCCUCACCAGUCCUCUCAGCCCUUACUCCCCAGUGCCCGGCUCCCAGGUCUCCCCCUCUAAACAGCUGGGCCCGGAGGAGAGCGUACCCCCAAGGCCGCCCCUCCCUAAGUCCUAUUUCCCUUUGGAACCUUCCAAUACCUUCCCCCCUUCUAUCCCCCCCUUGCCCCUUGACAGCACCACCUGGCUACGAAGCUUGGGCAUCGAGGAUGGGUACUUUGAUGGUGAAGAUUCUCACAUCAGAAAGGCUAGGUUUGGAGAGCCCAAUAAUAUCAGUGACAUGCUGGAACCGGGCCCAGAUCGGCAAUCCACCAUGAAUAAAGUUGGGAUUGUGCCUCCAAGAACCAAGUCGCCCGCUGAAGACUCGCACAGAGUGCCCUGGAAUCACGGCGGCGUCUCGAACGGGAUUUCUAGGGAACGUCCAAAGAGUGCUGUGUUUCCAGCGGAUGUUAGGUCUAAGAUGAGCGUGGAGGAACAAAAUGAACGAAUUCGUCGCCACCAGAGCAGCUCUAUGCGGGACAAGAGGAGGAGUCUGAAUCUUUCUGGCGGACAAUCUCCGGCUAGCUACAGAGUGAUUCGUAGGCGGGUAACAGCUCAUGAGAUUGACAUCAAGGAUUUGGAGUCAGCGGUCCGAGGCCAGGGGCUGGAGUCACCUCGCGAGGAAAUUGCCCGAUUAAGGCGGUUACAGGUUGAACCAGAACACUACGACCUAGACAUCAGCAAAGAGCUGAUGGCUCCUGACAAGGUUCUGAUCCCAGAGCGCUACCUGGAAAUGGAAGACGACGCACCUCUGAGCCCCGAGGAGGAAAAGGAAAAGCAGAAAAAACUGGAACGGAUCAAGACCCUUAUUGCCAAAUCCAACCUGCAAAACCUGGUUCCUGUGCUGGACGGCCCAGUGGAGGGAGGAGCGCCGGUCAACUCCCAGCAGCAGUUGCAGGAGCAGGAGAAGCGCAUUGAGAUCUCCUGCGCCCUGGCUGCUGAGGCAUCGCGUCGCAGCCGAAUCCUCUCUGCCCAGUGUGCACCCAGUCCCCCCACUUCCCCAACCAGCCCGGCCCCCACCCCAUCCUCUGCUGACUCUCCCACUAUGAAUGCCUGAGUGGGAGCAGCUCAAGCCUUGUCUGCUGUCAAAUUUGACGGAGCAUCUUUUUGAAAAAUUGACUGUCUGAAAUGACGAAAACAAGAAGAUGUCCUCAAACAAACCCAGUGACUAACAAUUUUUUAAGGACCCCGAUCCAACAAAAGCACGGCAAACUCGUCACAGUAGACAACGGAGCCUCUGGACUUUGGAGCAAGUUUCUCAGACUACUCUCCUACCCAAAGCUGCAACCAUUGGUCAGUGAUGAUGUAAGUUUCCCGCCGCAUCAAGAGAACCCCAGCUCUGUCUUUCCUUCGUCAUCAUGAUAUUUUAGUAUACUUUAGCUCAGGACAUAAUCAUGAAUACUUUAUACUGGUAAUAAAAGUUAUCAAGCUGAGGCUAUUAAACGGUUCAUAGUAUGAGGUGUGUCAGAAAAGUUCCAGGACUGGUUUUCGAAUACCCUUCGGAGUAGAGUGGUAUUCACAAGAUCUGGGAUACGACCAAUCUCUUGGUUAGUUCCUAUGCUUUAAAUUCGGGUUAGGAACCUCCCAGUUGCUAGUUGGCUUAGCGAAUGUUACCAUGGACCCUCUGACCAAAAAAAUCUAGUGUCUGACUGGCAAGACCUCAUUUUGUUUUUCCAACCAUGGGAACAAAGACGUCGAUCAUGAUUAUUGAAUUAUCCCAAAAAAAAACAAGAGAGGUGUGUGUGUAUAGCCAAUAGGGUUGAACGGUAUACCGGUACUGGUAUAGUAUCGCAGUACUAAUGAAUCAAAUAUGGUACGAGUCAUGCCAAAGACUAUAAAAAUGGGACCCAUUACCUCCCUGCUUGGCACUCAGCAUCAAGAGUUAGAAUUGGGGGUUAAAGCACCAAAAACUACUCCCGGGCGCGGCCACCGCUGCUGCUCACUGCUCCCCUCACCUCCCAGGGAGUGAACAAGGGGAUGGGUCAAAUGCAGAGGACAAAUUUCACCACACCUAGUGUGUGUGUGUGUGUGACAAUCAUUAGUACUUUAAAUUUAACUUUAAAUUUAUUUCUGGUCACCUUUUCCCGGGCAGAUGGGCAACAGGGCAGAUCGGCUGGAUCAAAAGAGACGUUGGAGAUGCUUUGCUGAACAACAAAUUUCUUUAUUACAAGCGAGUGUCAUUAUUCAGGACUGUAGUACCCGGAGGAGGUUAAUUCCCCCCCAAAAAUGCGAUACUCCUAACAUGGAGAGUAAGAACCACAGAAAGCUGUUUUAUUACAAGCGAGUGUCAUUAUUCAGGCCUGCAGUACCUGGAGGAGGUUAAGUAAAAAAAAAAAAAAAUGAGGUACGCCUAACCUGGAGAGUACGAACCAUAGAAAGUUGCUCUAUUACAAGUGAGUGUCAUUAUUCAGGACUGCAGUACCUGGAGGAGGUUAAGUAAAAAAAAAUAGGUACGCCUAACCUGGAGAGUACGAACCACAGAAAGUUAUUUCUUACAAGUGAGUGUCAUUAUUUAGGACUGCAGUACUAAGCCAAAAAAAAAAAAUAGGUACUCCUAACCUGGAGAGUACAAACCACAGAAAGUUGCUUUAUUACAAGUGAGCGUCAUUGUUCAGGACGGCAGUACCCGGAGGAGGUUACGUCCAAAAAAAAAAGAGGUACUCCUAUUAUGGAGAGUAAGAACCACAGAAAGCUGCUUUAUUACAAGUGAGUGUCAUUAUUCAGGACUGCAGUACCUGUAGGAGAUUAAGUUAAAAAAAAAUACUUCUCCUAACCCGGAGAGUACAAACCACAGAAAGUGGCUUUAUUACAAGUGAGUGUCAUUAUUCAGGACUGCAGUACCCGGAGGAGGUUAAGUCAAAAAAAAUAUUUAAAAAAUGAGGUACUCCUAUUAUGGAGAGUAAGAACCACAGAAAAAUUCUUUAUUACAAGUGAGUGUCAUCCUUCAGGACCUGUAGGAGGUUAAGUCCCAAAAUUUAGGUAAGUCCAAAAAAUUAGGUAAGCCUAACCUGGAGAGUACGAACCACAGAAAGUUUUUUCUUACAAGUGAGUGUCAUCCUUCAGGACUUGUAGGAGGUUAAGUCCCAAAAUUUAGGUAAGUCCAAAAAAUUAGGUAAGCCUAACCUGGAGAGUACGAACCACAGAAAGUUUUUUCUUACAAGUGAGUGUCAUUUUUCAGGACUGCAGUACUAAGUAAAAAAAAAACAGGAGGUACUCCUAACCUGGAGAGUACGAACUACAGAAAGUUGCUUUAUUACAAGUGAGUGUCCUUAUUCAAGACUGCAGUACCUGGAUGAGGUUAAAGUCAAAAAAUGAGGUACCCCUAACCUGUAGAGUACGAACCACAGAAAGUUCUUUGUUACAAGUGAGUGUCAUUAUUCAGAACUGCAGUACUAAGUCAAAAAAAAAAAAAAGGUACUGUACUCCUAACCUGGAGACUACAAACCACAUAAAGUUGCUUUAUUACAAAUGAGUGUCCUUAUUCAGUAUUGCAGUACCUGGAGGAGGUUAAGUAAAAAAAAUGAGGUACGCCUAACCUCGAGAGUACGAACCACAGAAAGUUCUUUAUUACAAGUGAGUGUCAUUAUUCAGGACUGCAGUACCUGGAGGAGGUUAAGUCCAAAAAAUUAGGUACGCCUAACCUGGAGAGUACGAACCACAGAAAGUUCUUUAUUACAAGUGAGAGUCAUUAUUCAGGACUGCAGUACUAAGUCGGAAAAAAAAAAUAGGUACCCCUAACCUGGAGAGUACAAACCACAGAAAGUGGCUUUAUUACAAGUUAGUGUCAUUAUUCAGGACUGCAGUACCUGGAGGAGGUUAAGUCCAAAAAAUUAGUUACACCUAACCUGAAGAGUACGAACCACAGACGCAAUCAACGUUAACAGCCCUGGAACUUUUCUGACACCCCCAGAGAACAAAGAACCCUACAGACAACUCCCAGGUCAACCUUGUUUCGGAGCACCCGCAUCUCACGCUACAUUAAACCAGUGGUGUCAGGCCACUUAUAUUAAAAAUAAUAAUAAAAUAAAAUAAAAAAACUACAUAACUGAACUGCCUACUGUGUGCAUUGCAUCGAUAAUAUAUUUAUUAGAAGAGAGAAUAUUGUAUAUAUACAGUAUAAGUAACCCAGUGAUAGUCUACACAUAUACGUUCUGUAUGUUCUGCUAUGUGUUUAACGAGUAGUGAGUCGUUCCGUGGAAAUAGAAGUGACCUUAGAAGUGGGAACUCUAGUGGGAAUAGAUCUAUCGAUAGGAUUGGAGGGAAUUUGUGACUUUCCUGGAAAAAUGUGGUGCCAUAAGUCUAAAAACUGUGUGCGCAUUUGUUUAAAAAUAUGUUUGUUUUUUUAAAGUGCCAUGAUUGGACGUGCCCAUGCCAGGAUUUACAUGGGGGCUUAGACAUAUCUAAUGACAUUUAGUUGAUUAAAACUCCCAAUAAGACAGCACGGCCUGGGAAUUAACUGAUUGUAAAUUAAGGGUUAUGAAUAAUAAGUUGUGAAUUUGUCUCGAUGUACCACGGCACUUAUUUCUUGUUUAUAGCUUUAAAAAAUCUCAAGUCUGUCCCACUUUUUUAUUUUAUUUUUUUUGGUUGAAAAUCUUCAAGGAUGUAUUAUUUCAUAUGUAAUGUUUUUUUUUUCUUAUCACUGCUUCUGUCCAUAUGUCAACAAUGCUUAAAGGAGAAAUGCACAUAAAAAAAAAAUCUUGCCUAUCAUUUACAAUCCUCCUGUAAGACAAGAAACAUAUAUUUUCUUUAUAUUGCAUUCUAAAUAGUAAAUAAAUGCCAGCAAAAGUCAGCUAUUGGAGUCGCUCUAUUCUGCUUAUACAACAUUUAAAAAAACACCUCCAUUAAGGUUUAAUAUACACACUGAAAGUAAGUAUAUUAGCUAACAAACAUAUAAGCCAACAAACAUAAUAAAACAUCACUUACUGUACAACGUCUGCCCUCGCUGGGAUGCCGACUGAUAGGUUGCUUAUAUAUUCCUGUUUUGAUGGAGAAUGACUCAUAAAUCAAGCGUAUUUUCGCGUCCUUCUCGCCAUUACCGGGUCUGAAUUGGAUGCCAAAUUUGACCAACUUGUCAGAUUAUGUCCUCGUCCUUCUAUUGUCAAGGCGAAAGGCAGGGGUCCCCAAACCUUUUGACCCCGGUGCUAGGUUAUAGAUACAUGUAUAUAUACGUUAGGUCAGGAAAAAAAACACAGAGGCUAUUUCAUCCCUACAAGCCUGUUUUGCAGGUUUCCCUGCUUUUCAGGGGAUUUAUAUAUAUAUAUAUAUAUAUAUAUAUAUAUAUAUAUAUGUACAUAUAUACAUACAGUCAAGGUUACUGUGGUUUAUUCCAGUGUUCUCGAACUUUUUUGUAGCUGCGGACCGGUCAAUGCUUGAUAAAUUUGUCCCGCGGCCCGGCGGGGGGAGGGGAUUAUUAUUAUUUUUUUUUUUUGUCAUGAAAAAGGGAGGUUUUUUUGGGUUGGUGCACUAAUUGUAAGUGUAACUUGUGUUGUUUAUGUUGAUUUAGUAAAAAAAAAAAAAAAAAAAACAAUUUGUAAAAUUAAUAAAUAAAUAAAACAUUAUUCUGCGGCCCGGUG